AUGCCGGUCACUGGGAAGACUUUCCGCCGGCGCCGGGCCGACUCGGAGUCGGAGGAAGAUGAGCAGGGCUCAGAAGAGGUUCGAUUGAAACUGGAGGAGACCCGAGAGGUGCAGAACUUGAGGAAGAGGCCCAACGGAGUGAGUGCUGUGGCCCUGCUGGUGGGCGAGAAGGUACAAGAGGAGACCACUCUGGUGGACGACCCCUUCCAGAUGAAGACCGGAGGCAUGGUGGACAUGAAGAAGCUGAAGGAAAGGGGCAAGGACAAGAUCAGCGAAGAGGAAGACCUUCACCUGGGGACAUCGUUCUCGGCAGAAACCAACCGGAGGGACGAGGACGCCGACAUGAUGAAGUACAUUGAGACGGAGCUGAAGAAGAGGAAAGGGAUCGUGGAGCACGAAGAGCAGAAAGUAAAGCCCAAGAACGCAGAGGACUGUCUCUACGAGCUUCCGGAAAACAUCCGAGUCUCCUCAGCAAAGAAGACCGAGGAGAUGCUUUCCAACCAGAUGCUGAGCGGCAUCCCCGAGGUGGACCUGGGCAUCGACGCUAAAAUAAAAAACAUCAUCUCCACGGAGGAUGCCAAGGCCCGCCUGCUGGCAGAGCAGCAGAACAAGAAGAAAGACAGCGAGACAUCCUUUGUGCCCACCAACAUGGCGGUGAAUUACGUGCAGCACAACCGAUUUUAUCACGAGGAGCUCAACGCCCCCAUUCGGAGGAACAAGGAAGAGCCCAAAGCCCGGCCCUUGCGAGUGGGCGACACCGAGAAGCCCGAGCCUGACCGGUCCCCCCCAAACCGCAAGCGUCCUGCUAACGAGAAGGCCACCGAUGACUAUCAUUAUGAGAAGUUCAAGAAGAUGAACAGACGGUAUUGA